GAGCGCCACCUCCUACUCUCUCUCCGCGCGCCGAAACAUGGCUGCUGUCGCUGUCGGCGCUCGCGGCCGAGUUCUGCGGGCGGGCGCUGAACGGCUGCUGAGAGGGGGAGUCCGGGAGCUACUGGCGCCACGGCAUGAGGGGGGCAUCUCCGGCCGGGAGCGCGACUUCAGCCUCUCCCACGGUCGGGGGACGGUCAUCGUAGAGCGCUGGUGGAAGGUGCCGCUGGCCGGAGAAGGUCGGAAGCCGCGCCUGCACCGGCGACACCGCGUCUACAAGCUGGUGGAGGACACAAAACACCGGCCCAAAGACAACCUGGAGCUAAUCCUCACUCAGUCAGUGGAAGAACUUGGAGUGAGGGGUGACCUCAUCUCAGUGAAGAAAUCCAUGGGCCGAAAUCAACUACUUCCUCAAGGACUGGCUGUAUAUGCAUCCCCUGAAAACAAGAAGCUGUUUGAAGAGGAGAAAUUGCUGAGACAAGAAGGAAAGUUAGAGAAGAUCCAGACCAAGGCAGGUGAAGCGACAGUGAAAUUUCUGAGAAGCUGUCACCUGAAGGUGGGGAUGAAGAACAAUGUCAAAUGGGAGCUAAACCCUGAAAUAGUUGCCCGCCACUUCUUCAAAAAUCUUGGUGUUGUGGUCGCCACACAUGCAUUAAAGUUACCAGAAGGGCCCAUUACACAAUGGGGCGAGUACUGGUGUGAGGUGACGGUAAAUGGGCUUGACACUGUGAGAGUACCAAUGUCUGUGGUGAACUUUGAGAGGCCCAAGACCAAAAGAUACAAGUACUGGUUAGCCCAGCAAGCUGCCAAAGGAAUGUUCCCCACUGGCUCCCAGAUGAUCUGACCCUAUUCUCCCUGAAAAGCAGCAAAGAAGAAUCAAAGGAACAGUGGAGCAAAGAUGGGUGAACAUCCUGAUGUCACACCUUGCUUUAAUCAAAUAUGAAAUUUUAGAGAGCAUAUGGAGACAUCAGACUAAACUGCGUGUACAUGUUGAAUUCUCCUAUUUGCCAUCUCCAGCUUCAACUGUUAGUGUAUCUGGCCUUCUAGGGCACUGAAGAAGUACCAGGUUGUAUAUUUGAUAAGCUGAAUAUUAAUAGACCAAAAUGGUCUAGAUCCUUUUUAGCCUCUUUCUCCAUUGCAAUUCAUUAGAACAAAUUGAAGAACCAGCCAUUGUCUCCACUAUUUGGCUCUGUCUUGUCACCCAAUCUGAACAUUUCUAUUUCGAGAAGAAAUAAAGAGAUUGUAUUCUU